UUGUGAGUGAGAAGAUGGCGAACACGGACAAGAUAUUCUCGCGGCGCUACGAGUCCUCCUCCAGAGAACCCAGAGACAAUUUUCACGGUUCUGACGGUGGUAAAUACGGAAAAGAGUCGAAAUAUGACGAUCCGCCUCACUCCAGACUGUUUAUUGUGUGUGGAAAAUCGAUAACAGAGGAAGAUUUUCGUGAAAGUUUCUCCAAGUACGGAACGAUAGAGGAAAUAUGGGUAGUCAAGGACAGAAAUACCGACGAACCGAAAGGCGUAACUUAUAUAAAGUUUUCCAAGACCUCCGAAGCGGCACUGGCCAUGGAGGAGAUGAACGGCAAGUGCAUAGGGGGCCACCCGAGACCCCUCAAGGUCCUCAUCGCACACAGUCGUGAGCAAGGAUCUCGGAGAGACAUGAACGAGGAGGAGAGGCUCCUGCGACUCUUUGUCGUCGUGCCAAAGUCGCUGGGGGAAGCUGAGCUCAGGGAGCAUUUUGUACAGUUCGGCGACAUUGAUUAUGUCUCCAUCGUGCGUGACAGGAAUACUCGUGACAGCAAAGGCUUUGCUUAUGUUAAAUAUCACAGGAUGUCACAUGCUGCAAAAGCCUUUGAGAGCUGUGAACGUACCUUUAAGCCCGUUUUUGCCGACCCCAAGCCCCAGAAGUCGGACGGGAUAAAGUUUGAAGGUGGGGGCCGGGACCUCAGAGACCUGCGGGGCAGCGAAAGCUAUGGGGGAGGGUACUCGUCGGGCCCACUCACCCCGCACCACAAUAACCAUCAUUCACCGUUUGACGCCAUUUCUUACAGUGAGUUGGACACAAGUGGGCUAAAUCCCGAGGGUGUGACGCGGCUGACAGUUAUCGCUUCGCCUACCCUCAACCAGGACCAGCUAUGGAAGUUGUUUGACCUAAUCCCUGGUCUUGAUUACUGCGACCUGAGGAAAGACCGCAAGUCUGGACAGAUGAUUCACCAUCAGGCGCGUGGAGUGGCAACCGUGGUGUAUAACAACAUUCAGUCUGCAACCUAUGCAAAGGAGAAGCUACAUGGGUUUGAGUAUCCCCCUGGACAGCGGUUAAUUGUCAAGCUUGACCAUCACGACAUGCCACCUGGUCCCCCUCCCAUGAUGCCUGGAACCCCUGGUGGCCCUCCCUUUGCUGGCCUACCUCGUGUUGCUGGAGCACUGGCCUCACACAAUGGCACUAUGGGAGGAAGUCCCCCAGGAGGCAUGGCCGUGGCACCGCAGUCAGCAGUAUCGGGCGGACAACCCAACAGCAACAUUCAGCAAAACCUGGCGCAGUUGGCCGAGACCAUUGCUCAGGCCACAUCACUCAUACAGGCUGCAGGGCUGAAUCAAGGAUCGGCAGGGCACAACAACAUGGGCACUCAGGGGCAGACAGGUGGUGGCGAGACGUAUGACCCCUCCUACUGCUCAGUCAAACUACCACCCCCACAGCCUCUUGCACCUGUGGACUCGGCAGUGGCAGAAAGGUUGUUUAUUGUGUGUCAUCCAUCACCACCCCCAAUAUAUGCAUUGAAGGAUGUCUUUGGGAGAUUCGGAAACCUUAUCGAUAUUUAUAUGCUGAACGGAAAAACUUUCGGAUAUGCUAAAUAUGCUAGCAAAGAUUCAGCAGAUAAGGCAAUUGUGGUGUUACACGGACAGGAAGUGCUUGGAUCUCGUUUAAAAGUAAUGGAAGCAGAUCCACAUGACAAAGCAGACUCAGGUCGCAAGAGACUACGCAUCGAUGAUCAGAGUUGAGCAUCCCUGCCACGAGGUAUGCAUUGAGUGCCCUGACACAUGCAACUUUCUGACUAUUAGGCUCGGUUAAGAGAGAAUUGUGAUUAUUUGUACCUCCCAAGAUAGUGCCUGAGGAUGGCCUUCCUAUUUUAUGAUAUAUCAAAGCAAGUUUGUAUUGCCUGUAUAUAUAUAUAUAUAUGUAUAUCAUUAUAACAUUAUUGAAUCUAGAGAUGGUUUAAGAGAAAAAAACAAACUAUUUUUAGCCAGCUGAAUUAAAUAAGUGGAUAGUCUUGGGAUAUACGAUAUCAGAUUCUCACUGUAGAUAGAUGGCAGACUUCAGAAAUGUCAGGAAUGCGUCGUCUUUUUUCCUUGUGAAAGCAGACAACUGUUCUGUUAAUAUCUUCCUAUGUGUGCAGAGAGAUGGUUGAGAAAGAAGGGAAAUGCCCAGAAACACUAUUUUUCUUUGUCAUGUGUAUUGGCUCUGUAACUGGUUCUUGGGAGAAUUUCUCUGCAUACGCCUAGAACUUGUACGUUUCUAUGCAAGAAGACUCCAUAAUACAAAAGAAAGAAUGUGUAUUUUAAAAGAAUGCAUGAUAGCAGGGGCUGUGAAGGGGAAAUGCCUCUGUGGUCUUGUAUGCUGUCUUAGGCAAUGGUACGUGUGUGCAUGAACUGAUAGCAUCACUGGUGUGCUUGGCAUGUAUUUAAAACUGCAAUGCAAUUUUUCCUUACACUUGUGUUUUGUUCUGCAUAAAGAGAUAUCACUUAUUUUGAUACUGUUUCCAGAGUCUCACGUUCCAUAAAUUUUUAAGUCAGAUUGAUCAGUAUUUUUUAAAAGAUUGACUUAAAGCUUUAGAAUCUUGUUGAUGUAUGCUGUGAUAAUGAUAUCUGUGAUAGAGGAGAUAUGAUGCAUGGCUGUUAACAUGCACAGGAACACAUCCUGUUGAGGGACAUAGAGCAAAAGUGUUGCACAGAUUUCAAAUGUGUCAUUUUUUGUUGUUGUUCAUAAAGGGAAUUAGUUGUGUAUUUAAAUGAACUAAGUAGUGCAUGACUUACUUUUAAGAUGAUUUGCUUGCUCAUAUGUUAUUUUGCAAAGGAGGAGAAAAUGUAUGAGGACAAAGUUAGAGAGCAAUGAUUUUUUUGUUUUAUUACUAAAAGAAGCAUGUUUGGUGGUCAUAGCAUGGAAUGCUUUAAACUGCUCGAUAUGUGUUCAGUUUUUCUCAUCCACUUUUAUGUUACUUAUCUAUUUAUUAUUUUUACAAUUCUUUUUACCAGGAAAAUAUAUUGUAACAUUCAGGUGAAAUUCUCUCAAAAAUGCACAUCUUUAAAAAUUAACAAGGCAGUGCUGUUUGGUGAAUUGGUAUGUAAAGUUGGUGUUUGGAUUAUAAAGGAAACCUGACUAGCGUAGGCUUUUGUGGGUGUUGUUAGAUCGUUUUGGGUUGUGAGUGUAAUUGUAUGUAUUGUGUUGUGUGUUGAUGUACACAAAUCUGUUUGUACAUACGUGUAAAAAAUGAAAAACAAAGAGUUUAUUGUCAUUACAGAAUAGUUUGUAGUUCACGCAUCUGUAUGUUGUAAUGUCAUAAAAGUCAUGGCAUGGAUGUGGGUCAGCAGUUAGAUGGAUUCUUCUUCUAUGAUGAAACACAGACAGAACAUUGCCAUCCUUGUGAAGUCGGCUUUCAUUAUUCAAGACUUAGGAAUAGACUCAUGGGAGGGCAGUAGUAGCAUGAUUUUCAGAUGCUAGAAGACUGGAAUUAAUGACAAUGAAUAUAGUGUAUAUUGAAGAGAUGGGGAAAAUAGGAUAUUAUUUCACUGACUUAUAUUUUUUUCUGCAAGAUAGUUUGGCUUAGAACAAUAAUAGUAUUUUAAAGAGGGGAUGUAUCCAAGAAAAUAGAUAGCAGUUUUUUUCCACUAUAUUUCUAAUAUUUAAAAAAUAGUACUAUUAUGUUCUCACCUAUUACUUUUACUACUACGACUACUACUACUACUACUACUACUAUUACUAUUACUAUUACUACUGCUUCUGUCUCAGUCUCUGAUCUUCUUCCUUUUUUCUGCAUCUAUUCACACUCCUGCUAUCACUUCUACUACUAUUAUUACUGCUACUACAAGUACUACAGUUAUGAUAAUACUUGUGAUGAUUGUUAUUAUUUGAUAACUUUGACAAAAAAUUAUUACGUUAACUUCUUGAUAAGAGCCAGCUGUUUACAAUAGUGCAUUGUAUCCUCAUUGAUUAUAUGGAUGGGGGGGGGGGGGGGAGAAGGGAUAAUAGGAAGUAAAUUUGUUUAUUGAUAUUUAUAGUCUAGGUUAAGGGAGCCCUUAAGCAUAUUUAAAACCGUUGCACUUUUUAUGUCGCAGAAGGGAAACUUAACGUUAUGUGAUUGUUAUAUUGCCAGUUAUUUUUUCUGCAGAGAAAUGAAGUAAUUUCAUAGGAAAUUUGGUAACUGGUGUGUUUAGAAAGAGAAAUCUUUUUUUUUUUGUUGUUUUUAUUUUUGUUUUUUGUUUUGUUUUCAUGUAUGUGGAAGAAAAGAAAAUUACAAUGUACAAAGAACAAAGAACAAAGAAGGAAACAAAAGGCAACAUGUAAAGUUUAGAACACUGGACUUUUCUUUCAUAUAUCAUACAGAUUGUAAAACUGUCCAACUAGAUGAAAUGUGGAACUUUGGUUCUGAAUGAUAGCAUGUCAUACUUUUUAUAUUCAAUUUUGUAUAAUUUUUAUUCAUUAUUUAGUUUCAUUUCAGUAUUUUUGGUUUAAUUCUAUAAUUUUUUUUUAUAUAAAUUUCAUACUGUACCUAAUUAAAUGAAGUUUAAAAGGACCUUUGGAGGUCAGCUGAUGUUGGUGCAUGCAUUGUGCUUUUUGAUGCCUUAGAAAACAUGCUUAACUGGUUCAAGGAAGGGUCUUGUCUGCAGUUAGUAGAUGUUUUCAAUGCAAAUACCUUUUAUAAGAUGAGUUCAUGUGGCUCUGUAUGUUUUGCUCAUUGACUGUUUGUACAUUUUAAACCUUUUUUAAUGAUGCCCUUUGCGUUUGGAGUGUUUCUUUAUCAUUUGUAUGUGUAUAUUGCAUUUACUGAUGACUGGGUGGAUUCCUCAGGCAUUGGGAAGAGCACAUGGUGCUUCUUAUUGCAAGUAAUAAUAUAGCUGGCAAAAAACUCACUCACUCACUCACUCACUCACUCACUCACUCACUCACUCACUCACUCACUCACUCACUCACUCACUCACUCACUCACUCACUCACUCACUCACUCACUCUCUCUCACUCACUCACUCUCUCUCUCUCUCUCUCUCUCUCUCUCUCUCUCUCUCUCUCUCUCUCUCUCUCUCUCUCUCUCUCUCUCUCUCUCUCUCUCUCACAUAGUCAACACACUCAUUAUAAAACACUGAUCCUACACAAGCUCUAAUAUUGAGCUCCAUCACAAGCUUCAUCUGCCCAUUCGCUUUUUCAUGUACACAAUCAUUCACUUAUACCUGUGCAAGUCAGCAGAUCUGCUUUCAGGUACAUGCUUUGGUAAAGGAAAGGACUAAAAAUAAAGACCAAAAUACAACCAGUUACCCUUGUAAUUAAUGACUUUUAUCGUUAUUAGUAGGACUGUGAAGUAGUAAAAAUAGAUGAUGUACAUAUUUUGCCAAAUACAUAUUUAAAGAGAACUAACUUUAUUUGCAUAUAUUUUACAAAUGUGGUAUAUAUAUAUAUAUACAGUAUAUAAUGUGUACAUUUGUGAUAGUAUUAACCUCUUUUUAUGGUGUUAUAUUUUUUCUUAGGCCUAUUCCUGGUAAUAAUUGAAUGUAAUCCUGCAGUUCUUAGUCAGUUGCCAUAAUGAGAGGACUGUGAGUGAAGAAACAGUACUUUGAAUUCAUACCACACCUUUGGUAUUGAAAAUGAACUUGAAACAGGCUUCAGUGGCAGUAUUUGUACAUUAAUUUGUAUGCUCUUUAUAAGGUGGUUGGCAUUACCUUAAAUGUUGUCUUCAUCCAAGGGGAUGUUAACCAUUUUAUGAUUGUUAUUAAUGUUAUCUUUUUUAAUCCUCUUGUGGAUGAGUUUAGUCAAAUGUGUAGGUAACAGACUUUGCUCUUGCAGGUGCAAUAUUACCUGAACCCAACCCUAUUGUCAGCAGCAUGGCACUUGUCUUACUCUCAGAGCAUGAUUGGUGACGGGUAAAAUUGUCUGUUGGUUUUCCUGCAACAUGUUUUAUUGUGCACUCCCUGAAAUCUGUAUUUCAGUGAUGUGUUAGACCUGGGAUUUACUUUCUUUUUUAAUUGAAGUUCUUAAUGAAAUAUUUUGUUAUUUCUUUUUGAUAAAUUAUUUUCGUUUCUCGUCCAUCAAGUAGAGAAUUUGUUGAUAUGGAGUCACAGUUUUGCUUUUUUAUCUAUCAGUGUUGUGUUUCCUUGUGAACAUUCAUGGCCAGGCUUAAGAAUGUAAAGAUAUCUCUUUGGCAGAUCUUUUUAUGCUUUAUUGUUACAGUAGUGUAUGUUUAAAGUUAAUGGAAGUAAAAUUUUUGAAUCUCAGUUUAAAGAAAGUUCUGGCCUGUAAAUGUAUAUAAUAUCUCUAUAUAUAUGGCUGUUCUUUGACUUCACAGAAUUAUCUCAUUUCCACAGCAGAGUGUUGACAUCGUGACUACGCCGACUACACUACGGACAGUUACGGACAGCCAACACAGCGACAUACUACUACCCUAACCAACCAACGAUCCAACAAACCAACCCCCUGUAACCUUUUUAGACAUCCACCAACAGUCAUGCUCCCAGUGACGUCAAAACACUUCAUUGUAUCAAAACUAGCCAAUGACUGGGCCCCAAAGGCCGAUGUGUACGAGUGACUUCACAGGUGACCUUCUAGGGAUUAGGUACAUGAUGUCUAUUGUGUAUAUGUGAAUGGUCCUCCUUCCUCACCCUCCCUUUCCCCUCUCCCUCACGUCACCAUCCAGAUUUCCCCAAACUCCUCCCCUUCCCCUUCUUAAUGUCAUUAUCCCUCAAAUAGUACCCCUGCCUUCUGUCAGAAUUGAUAGCUGUGGGAUUUUUAUUUCCUAUUUUAUUUUUAUUAUUAUUAUUUUUUUUUUUUUUCAAGAGAUUAAUAAGCAAGGUGUAGGUGUAGGUAUUGUGAAUUUUGAGUACUUCAUGUUGUUGUGGUGAGAAAUAAUGAAUGGAUGGUUUUCACAGUUCAUGAAGGAGAGCCAUAAGUAUCAUGGCUACAAAAAGUAUUAGGUGUAGUUUAGAUUGUGAACCACUAUUUGGUAAGAUAUAUAUAUGAUCAGUUUUGUACCAAGUGGAUACCUCAGUAUUAGAAGUAAAUGUAUACUAUUCCUACACUGUCCCUGUAUAUCAUGAUACCAAAAGUAUGGUUCUAGUGUUCAAAAAUCUGUAUAAUUGAUGUAUACAAAUGAUUAAAAAGCAAGGUGUUUAGUAAUUGCACUGGAAACUGUUGUUUGAUCAGAUAUUCAUGAAAGUUCUCAAUAGAAUUCUACUGUUUAUGAUGACUCGGUACAUUGUUGUAAAAGCCAAGGGUUUGUAAAUUUGGGAAAAAGGAUGAAAAGAAGAUACAGUGAUGAAUAACCUCAGAACACAUUUUCAGAAGUGCCCUGUAAAGAAAUAUAUAUAUAUAUCCUAACCUUAAUUGCUAGAGCCUAUAUAGUGUCACCCUCCACCCCCUGCCCUGUUCCCUAUAUAACCGACUACAGUAUGGUGUGGUAGCGACUGGUGUCUCAUGACCUCAUCCAAUACGAACAAGGCCUGUAGGACUUUCGGUUUGGUGUGUCGAUUUCACAUUCCAUUUCCACCUACAAUAGUUUUGUAGCUGUGUUCAAUUGUAAGUAGAGUAUCAUCCAAGUUGGUGUCCCACUAUGCAGAAUUUUGGAUUAGAGUAAAGAAAGAUUGAACAAAAAAGACAUUGUUCCAUUUCAGUUCUGUAGAGAGGUUAGGAAAUUUGGUUCGUUUUGUUUCAUUUUGUGUUUGUCAGUGAUGUCAGGAUGAUUUUGUUUAUUUAUAUUUAUUAUGAUAUAAUUUUUUCUAACUAUUACCAUGUUGCCUUGUGGUCUGUAAAAAUGUAACUUCUUAUUGCUGUAGCAACUGUUGUUAUUGUUUUUUAUUUUUAUUUAUGUUGUUUUUCUUAGCUAAUGGAGGUUGUUUCUUCCAUUAGUAGAUGAAUGUCCUUGCUGGAAUCUUGUUUUCUUGAUUGUCAUUUUUGUAGAGGAUUGAGAAGACAAGAAGUGACCAAAUUAUCAAGAUCUUAAAAGUUGAUUUACUGCAACCACAUUGAGCAUUACAGCUUCCACUAGUAAUGUUACUACUGUAAUUGUUAUCAUUGUUAAUGGUAUUCGUAUAAUUAUGAUUAUUAUUAUUGCUACUACUAUCAUAUUUGUAUUAAUCAUUGCCAACUUCAUCACUUUCAUUAUAAUGAUUUUUUAAAUGAUUUGAAAAUGUUGGUAUUUGGUAUUGUAUCACAGCGAUGCAUAUGCUAAUGCAAGAUGAGGAUGGUUUUCAUUCUUACCAUUGACUUUUUUUAUUGAACAAUUUUUUCUUUUCUUUUUAAUAUUUAUAUAUAUUGAAUAUAUAGAUAAAUGGUAAGAUAUAUGGAAAGCCUCACAAGAAAUAUAAGUCAAAAGACUUAGGAAAUGACUCAAUUGACAGACGUGGGCAAAGACUUAGAGAAGAUCUGACUGGCUGGAAUCCCAGAAAACCAAGAGACAAAGCUGUUCUUUGGUCGAAUGUUCUCGUCAGUUGCAUAGCUAGUUGUAACCUGCCUGUAGACACAGCUGUGUGUUCUUCAUUUGUUCUAGUUAUUGUAAUUUUAUUCAUUCAGGCUGGUAGUCUGGCAGAUAGAUAGAAAAUUAAGAGAGACAAGAUAGGAAUGUCAUAUAAUUAUUUCUUCAUUUAGCUUAGCAAGAUUGAGAAACAUUUACAAUAGGGUUUUCUGGCUCACUGACCCACUCACAACUUUUUUGGAAGACCCAACAGUACGACUGAGGACGAGUUUGCAAAGUAAGACCUUGGAGAAGUGCGAUGGUGAGAUCUGAUGGCCAUUAGGAAUGCCGUCUUGUAUUAAUUGUUAGUUGUUUUUAUUUACUUUUUUUCUUUGUUAAGUUUCAUUACCCGUACUUUCCUCUAGUGGUCUUAAGGACGCAGACUUGCCGUGACUUUGAUCACAUGUACCUGUUCGGGAACAUAGUCGGUGUUCAAUCAUUUUAUAUGAUGGGCCACAUUUCCCUAGGAAUCUAAUUUAUGUAUAUAUUUAUUAUCAUCUUUUUUUUUAAAUAAAAUGAAAUAAACAUUUUUAUGCAUUAUUGUAAAGCCAUAAAUUCUUGGUCACCAGAAGUGCACAAAGAAAAAUGCAAAGUACAAUUGCAAGACCAGCUAAUUUUCUGUCGUGUUCGCUGUUAUUUUGUGCCAGGAUCAUGCCAGAUUUCUGUUUGUAUUUGCCCAAAGUUUGGUUGUGUUUGAAGUAUGGAUGUAAAUAGUUAUUUGUCAUGAAACCAUUAUAGUAUGAUUUCUGAAACCCCUCCAAAUGAAUAAUAGUAAAAUAGGUACGCAGCAAUUUUGUAAAAUGUUUGAUGACGUGUACGUUUUGCUAAAGCAGACAUUGAGCAGAAAGGAGGUACUGUUCUCUUGGAGAAUUCCAUGUAUUUUCACUUUUAGUAAUAAGGCUUACAUUUGCAUACAAUAUAAAGGAAAUAACAAUAUAAACCAAACACACAAA